AUGUAUCUCAAGUCUCUGCAAUCAAAAGCAGAUCUUUUCCUCGAUGGCGCCGCACCGAAGGAGCGACGACAUGCUCUUUGGCAUAAAGUCGCUAACGAAGUUCGCCAAAUGGCCGUCCUGGUCACAGCGCUGAUCGUGUUCUUCACGUUGUAUCAAGCAUUCGGCAAGACACAGCAUCACCCACUCAGCCCGACUAGAUCCCCGACCUUCCCUCGCAAGAUAUGGCAAUCGUGGAAAGUCGACCCAACCAAUUUCGAGGAUCGCGAUGCUGAGCGCGUGCGAUCAUGGAUAGCUUUGAAUCCUGACCUGCGGUACGAGGUCCUCACAGACGGUAACGGCGAAGCCUACGUUGAGGAAGUAUUUGGAAGGUCGGGCUUCAACAGGCCUGAUAUCGUCCACGUCUACAAAUCGCUCAAUGCAAGAAUCAUUCAGGCGGACCUAUUACGUUACAUCAUUAUGUAUGCCGAAGGAGGCAUAUGGGCGGACAUCGAUGUCGAAGCUCUACAGCCGUUCGGCAAUUGGAUACCAGCCAAAUACCACGAGACGGAUGUUGACAUGAUCAUCGGCAUCGAGACCGACGAGCCGGGCUUCAAAGACCACCCUACUCUGGGGUCAAAGGCGCAGUCCUUUGUCCAGUGGACCUUUGCCUGCAAGCCACAGCUUCCUGUCAUGCUCUCGCUGAUCGAACAUAUCCUUGUGUGGUUGCAAGGAAUUUCCGAGAAGGAAGGCAAACCAAUCGGCUCUAUCGAGCUCGACUUCGACGAGGUCUUGACUGGCACUGGCCCGUCUGCAUUCACAGACGCUGUCCUCGCUCAGAUGGCUAGGUCUGAGCGGAGGAACGUCACAUGGAACGAGUUCCACAACCUGGACGAAUCAAAGGUCGUCGGUCGGGUACUGGUGCUGCCCUCUGAAGCCUUUGCAGCUGGCACUGGGCACUCAAAAUCGGGCAAUCACGGUGGGAAGGGUGCAAUGGUAAAGCAUCACUUUCACGCGUCAUCGUGGACAAAAUCUCAUCCACGACUAAAGCACCCUAUCUACGGAGAGGUCGAAAAGUGCAACUGGGACAAAGAAUGCGUUAGAUUGUGGGAUGAAAACACAGCGUACUUCAACACGUUGCCGAUCAAGGACCAGCACAAGCUGAUCGCACUUCAAGCCCUCGAAGACGAUCCCAACCUGAAGUCUCAAUUCCUCGAGUCGCCCCCAGCAGAUGCACCACUGGUUCUUCCAGAUGCUCUAGCAGACGCUGGAACCGGCUCUAUCCCAGCCUUGACGCCUGGACUUGCCCUUGCAGGUCCCCAAGAGAACGUGGCCGAGACGCCACUUGCUGCGGAAGGCGACUCAAGCACUGAAAGCCCGCCAGACGCAGCUGUUCAGGAUGUGUCGAGUGGAGGAGACGGAGCCGCAGCUGUUCAGCACGUGUCGACCGAAGGCGACGCAGACGCAGCUAGUCACGUCGAGUCAGGCGGCGGAGCAUCCGAUAAAGCCUCCUCAGAGUCUGACAAUGCGCCCAAGGAAGUCUUGUAG